AUGUCUUCCAGCAGCGGCAACAGCGCGCCCUUUGUGGCCCGAUGGGCGCCCACUCCAGGCGUAAAGCUGGACCUCAGCUCUACAGUGCCCUUGGCGGAUGGCAACACAAUGCCCCUGUUCGGCAUCGGAGCUUGGGCAAUGAGAGGCUCCGAGUGCCACACGGCUCUCUCCCUCGCUUUGGAUCAGGUCGGUUAUCGACACAUUGAUACGGCGAGAUACUACAGAAAUGAAAAGGAGGUGGGCGCGGCUGUGAGAGGAAGCAAAGUCCCUCGAAAGGACAUUUUCGUCACGACGAAGCUGUUCACCAACGACAUGGGCGGAGGCGCGCGUUCGCGCGCAGCGCUGGAUGACAGUCUACGUCAAUCGGGUCUGGACUAUUUCGACUUGGUGCUGCUGCACGCUCCGGACGGGGGAAAGGAGUUCAGGCUCAACACUUGGCAGACGCUCAGCGAGAUGGCGAAAGAGGGCAAAGCGAAGAGUCUGGGCAUCAGCAACUUUGGCGAACAUCACGUGCGGGAGCUGAUGCAGAGCGAGCCGCAAGUGGUGCCUGUCGUCAAUCAAAUCGAAUGCCAUCCCUUUUUUGCCCAAGCAGGACUAAGAAAGGCUUGCGAGGAUGCAGGAAUCAUCGUUCAGGCUUACUGCCCCUUGGCUCGCAGCCGUUACUACGGCGACAAGACUUUGUCGACCAUAGCGUCCAAGGUCAACAAGUCGGAAGCGCAAGUCAUGCUGAGGUGGUUGAUUCAGAGCGGUGUAGUGCCUCUGCCAAAGAGUUCAAAUCAGGGUCGACAAGAAGAGAAUGCAAAGAGCCUCGACUUUGAGUUGGACAGCGGUGAUAUGCAGAAGCUCAACGCGCUCGAUAGAGGUCCUAGCGGAGCCGUGGAGUCUCAGACAAUGUCACAAGACGCUCCUUGA